CUGAAGGGGACACCGGCGGGAAGAGCAUGAAGCACCUGGAGGGGGGCAGCUCUCGGGUUUGGUACCGGCUCAGGCCCGCCGAGCAGGGGGUUCGGGCUGGUAGUUUAGCAGCCUGGAUUGGGUCUAACGGCCAAGUAACCCUUGGGCAGGACAAAACGCAAGCCCAAUUCCAAAGCAGAACGGGCUCUGCAGCUGCCGGCCUCAGGAACCGCCGGGUUCCAAAUACGAGACCAGGCGGAGGCGGGAGAGCUGUGCCAACUCCCGGGACGCCUCCUUCCUCGCCCCCGAGGACCGUGACCGCCCACCGCCUCCCCGGGCUGUUCCCCGGGGCUCGCGCUCCCUGGACUCAGCAGCCCACAGGGCCGGCCACUCCGGCGGCGGCGGCCUGGGGCGAACGCUGGGAAGCUCCCCGAGGCCGCGGCGGUCCGAGCGGCUGUCCAAAGGCCCGCCCUGCCCGCCCUCGGCCUCGCGGUCUCCCCAGGCCUCAAGGGCCCGACCCUCCGACCCCGCCAAGUCCCCCCCCGCCGCCCCGCCACAGAGCCUGACAAGCAAGUACCCGGAAACCCGACAGAAGGGGUGGGAGCGGGCGCGGGGCGGGGCUGGAGAGACGUCAUCUGAGCCCCACCCAGGGGCGUCCCCAGCCCCCCCCCCCGCCCUCCCG